AUGAGUGAUCAUGUUUAUGGCCGCGUGUUUGCUCGUCGAGCUGCCUUUAGUGCGCUUGCCGAAGACCUUGUUGCCCAAGCAACGGAAGCUCAGACGUUCCUAACGGAGAAGAAGAGUGAGGUCUUUACGGUCCAUCAUUCAGCACUUGUGAAAGUGUCGCACAGUGUGCGUGGCAAAGAGCUUUUGGAUUUCCUAGAGAAGUGGUUAAAGCCUGAAGAAGAGGAGACAAAGAAGGAGGAGGAGACUUUGGUUGAGAUCGAGAAGAAAGAGGAAGAGGCCAUGACGGAGAUGAAGAAGGAAGACAAAGAGACUCCUGAGAUGGAGGUAGAAGCUCUGACGACAGAAGCCAAGGAAGAGGUUUCAAAAGUUGAGGAAGAGACACCAACAGUUGAGGAAAAGUCAUUAAAGGUUAAGGAAGAGACGCCUAAGGUCGAGGAGGAACCGCCAAAAGAGGAAAUUAUAGAACCGAAGGAAGAGGAGGCCCCUAAAGAAUCGAAGAAGGAAGAAAAGAAGAAAAAAAAGAAAGCGGAUGCGUCUUCACCGUAUCGUGUGCGUGCUAAGGAGAUUGCUGAGGCUCUUGUGCUUGCAGGGUUUAUCACGCCGUACAAAGACCGAGUGAAGAACUACUUGGCCGAGGCACCAAAAGAAUACGUGAUGGAUAAUGAGCUGUUCGUGCCACUGUCUGAAACGAUUACGGAGUCAAAGGAUACUACGGUGUGGAGCGUUGUGGAUGGCGCUAUCUAUGCGUCACAGCUGAAGCGCAAGGCUGGCGUGUUCUCUGCCUUUACUCAGGGCAAAGAUGUGUACGUUGUGGCCAACGAAAAGACCGAGAAGAUUUACGUUUUCGAGUCGGAUGUCGCGCGAGCGACUCUCGCCGAAUACGCUACAGCCGACGGCUUUGUCCAAUUUGACAAUUCCCACUUUCAAUUUGGUGUAAAGAUUGCGUACGGCGAGAAGUCUGAGUUGCUGAACUUGGUGACGAAAGAAAAGCAGGAGGCCUUUUUGAACACGUUGUUGAACGUUGGCGCGCAGUACCGCGAAGUGUACAACCUUGCUGCAGAGGAGGCAAAGUCGUUUUAUGAGCUGAAGGAUUUUGACAUGGAAAAGAAGGAAGUAAACAUGGCGGAGUACAAAGGCAAGGUAGUGCUAGUAGUGAAUGUGUCGAGCAAGUGUGGUCUAACGCCUACGAACUAUCCGGAGCUACAGCAACUGUACGAGAAAUACAAGGACGAGGGUUUGGUGGUGCUAGCGUUCCCAUGCAACCAGUUUGCUGGUCAGGAGCCUGACACACACGAGGAGAUCAUAGAAUUCGUGAAGCAGUACAAUGUAUCGUUCCCGCUGUUUGAGAAGCACGAUGUGAACGGUUCGAACGCUCGUCCGGUAUUUACGUACCUGAAGGCAAAAUUGCCCGAAACGUUUGGCAACUACAUCAAGUGGAAUUUUACCAAGUUUCUGGUGGACCGCAAUGGCCAGCCUUACAAGCGCUACGCACCGAAUGACCUCCCACUGUCGUUUGAGGAAGACAUUAAGGAACUGUUGGCGAAGACACCAGAGCCGGAAAAGACGGAAGAAGAGAUUCAGGAGGCGGAAACGGAAGCUGUCAAAUCGGACGACGAGGAAAAGACAGAGAAGAAGGAAGAAAGUGCUACCACCGAAGUGGUCAAGUCUUGUAAGACGAACGAGAUUCCAACAGAGGUGCCGACGAAGAAAGAGGAGACUGUUACGUUGGGAGACGUUGCGGUGGCGACCAAGGAAGAGACUGUCAAGCCGGAAGACGUUGCGGCAGCGACUAAGGAGGAGAUUGUCAAGUCUAAGGACGUUGCGGUAACGACUAAGGAGGAGACUGUCAAGUCGGAAAAUGUUGCAGCGGCUGUGACGGCGCCCUAA